AUGUCCGCUCCCCGAGGCCGUCUCCAAGGCAAGAAUGCCAUCAUCACCGGUGCCGCCGGAGGCAUCGGACUCGAAACCACGAUCCUCUUCGCCCGCGAAGGCGCCUCCGUCCUAAUGGCCGACAUCUCUGCCCCCGCCCUCGAAAAGGCCCUCGCCAAGGUGAAAGAAGUCGUCCCCUCCGCACCCCGCGUCGAGACCAUCAAAUGCGACGUCUCGAAGGAGACCGACGUGCAGGCCAUGGUCGACGCCCAGGACAGCUGGGGCGGCGUGGACGUGAUCUUCAACAACGCGGGAAUCAUGCACGCCGACGACGCGGACGCCGUCGACACCCCCGAGAAGAUCUGGGAUAUGACGCAGAACAUCAACGUCAAGGGGGUGUGGUUUGGAUGCAAGCAUGCGGUGCUGAGCAUGCGGCGGAAUAAGAAGGCCAGGGGUAGUAUUAUUAACACGGCGAGUGUGGUGGCGUUGGUGGGCAGUGCGACGCCUCAGUUGGCGUAUACGGCGAGUAAGGGGGCGGUGUUGGCGUUGACGAGGGAGUUGGCCAUCGUGCAUGCUAGGGAGGGGAUUCGGUUUAAUGCGUUGUGUCCGGCGCCGUUGAACACUCCCCUCCUGCAAGACUGGCUCGGCGACGACCAGCCCAAGCGGUUCCGUCGCGAGGUGCACUUCCCCACGGGCCGUUUCGGCGAGGCCAUCGAGCAGGCGCACGCGGUGGUUUUCCUGGCCAGCGACGAGAGCAGCUUCGUCAACGGCAGCGACUUUGUGGUCGAUGGUGGAAUGUCCAAGGCCUACGUCACUCCCGAGGGACCUGCUACCGCAGCUCCCCAGAACUUGGGCCAUUAG